AUGGAGGACCCAGAGAGGGUGGACGCUCAAGGAAAUGUCCAUCUUGGUGAAGCAGCCAUUGAGAUGCUGCCGCACACAGCAACAGCAGCGGAAGAGAUCCUCAACCUGCAGACGCAGAAGGAUGUGGAAAUGUGGGAACGUCUUGAUGAUGUGAUAAUGGGUGGCAAAUCGAGCAGCAGCAUAAAGCUUGCAGGCGAUGGCUCUGGUGCUGUGUGGUCAGGCGAUCUGGUUGUGGAGGGUGGUGGCUUCUGUGGCUGCCGCAUCUCGCUCCCCAAGAGUUUGGACUUGAGCAUGUUUGACGGGGUCGAGUUCACGGCGAAAGGAAAUGGAUCCAUCUUCAAGCUGAACUUGGCAACGGCCCAGAGUGAAGGUGGGAAGACAUAUCAGGCAUCGUUUGAGACUGUGGAAGGAGCUUGGACAGAAGUUAAGCUGCCCUGGCAUGAGUUCGUACCUGUGGACCAGGCAAUGUACGAACCAGGUCGGCCUCCUGCCGAUCCUUCAAAUGUUGUUGGUUUCACGCUGGUGUACAGCCGCUUUACUCACAACCGGAUGCCCAACCCUAAGUACUCACCAGGCCCCUUCGAGUUUGAGAUCAAAGGAGGGAUAUCUGUCUUCCGGGACCCAAGGCCCCAGAUUGUCCUGGUCUCAAGCGGUGCCCUGGAAAGGAGUGCGCUGAUAGGCGAUGAUGCUGCGGCAAGGGAGAAGGAGAUUCCCAUCGUGCAGAUGAACCCCAAAGGGUUGCUGGAUUGGAAAUACGCUGGGGAGAACGCCAUCAGAGCCACUGGGUUGCCUUACACAGUUGUGAGGCCUUGUGGACUGAAGGACGAUGGGGAGAUGGUGCCGAAUUUGAUAGAGGGCGAUCAAGGAGAUCAGUUUCGUGGCACCCUCACAUUUGGUGACGUUGCAGACGUCGUUGUGAGAGUGCUUGAUUCACCUGCUGCUGCGUACAAGACCUUCGAAAUCCGGCGGUCAAACGAUCCGCUCCUGGAAGGCAGGACGAUGAGUGAUGCAGACUACCGGAGGAUGUUCUUGAAGCUUGCCUUGGAUCGCCACAGGCCAAGAGUAGGUUUGCCUCCCUUUCCACCUCCGUACAUGUCUUCGCCACCAGCUCCUACUGACAGUGAAUUGGAGCAAACUGCAAAGGGGCAAGACAACGUUGCUGACACAGAAGGUCAAGGAGAGGACUCGGUAACAAAGGUUUCUGAGACUGCAAAUGCCACUUCCUGA